CAGUGUAAUGGCUUGAGUUCUAGCACUAAAUGUGGAUAGGGUAUUAAAAAGAUUCGCUGACAACACUGGCAGAAAUGUCUGUUUGACAAACAGUUGACAGUUGACACUUCGUCCUGCGUUCUGUCUGAGGACGGUGGUUCGUUUGUCGCAGUCGGGUUGGGCUGGGUCGCUGUAUGCAGCGCUCGUAUAGUAUUUGGGCGUGUUAAAUAUAUUUUGAUAAAUCGAAGGACGGUGAAUUUUGUAUAAAAACGUUAUAUAACAAAACAAAGAAUUAAAGUGUACCACUUUAAUACAGAAGUGCUCUUCCUAGAAAAGUUAUCAUAGGCAAUGAUACCUUUGCCACUGAUGAGUAAUAUUUAAUAGUACAGUGAAUUAUUUUUAUUUAAACAAAAAUGGGGAAGUUAUUGAGUCUUUUGGCCCGUGACGACUCAAAUUGCUGUUCGUCGCCGCGCUACGAUAUCUUUUUGGAUUUCGAGAACGCUGCGCCCACGGAAACGGAGAAAGAAGUGUACGAGGAAGUUCAGAGAGUUUUGUUGGAGUCGGAGAAGAUUUUGGAGGAGAUACAGUGUUAUAAGGGGGCGGGGAAGGAGAUACGGGAGGCUAUAGCGGAUCCGUCGCGGAUUUCUCAAGAGCGAGCCUGGCGCGCGGUCAAACCGCUGGUAGAUAAGCUGCUGCGAUGCUACAACCACUCUGUGGAGCUACAGCGGGUUGUACCGCGGUUAUUGGGCUCGCUAGUCGGCGGAGCCAUGAGCCCGACGCAGCACCUCGAGCAGCAACAAGCCCUCGUUAAGCAGUUCGCUGAAAUACUGGAGUUCGUGCUCAAGUUCGACGAAUACAAGAUGAAAACGCCAGCGAUCCAAAACGACUUCAGCUACUACCGCCGCAGCGUCUCGCGAGGCGGCCUGAUCAACCCAGACUUGCCUCCCGACGAAUCCAACAUCAGCGCAGAAAUCGCAAACCGCAUGUCGCUCUUCUACGCUCAAGCCACGCCCAUGCUCAAAGUUUUAUCAGAAGCUACCAGUCAGUUCGUGAACGACAAUCAACAGGAUUUAGAAAACACUACGGAGACGCUCAGCACAAUGGCUAAAGUGUGCUUAAGGAUGUUAGAAAACCCAAAACUCGUCGCUCAGUUUAGCCGCGAAGAAACGUCGCUCCUAGUACUCCGCGUCAUGGUCGGCCUAAUCAUCCUCUACGACUGGGUCCACCCUUCCGGCGCGUUCUGCCGCUCCUCCUCCGUCGACGUCAAAGGCUGCGUCAAGUUCCUACAACAGCAGACCCCGGCAAAAGCCGAGCCUCUGCUAAACGCCCUCAGGUAUACCACUAAACACCUGAACCAUCAGACGACACCGAAGAAUAUCAAGACGCUGCUAGCGGCGUGAGGUCAGCAUUCCAGCCUUGCAUGUUGCUGUGGGGAAUGAAUUGACAAUAAAUUAGGGGAUUUCUCAUCGGCGCAUUUACGUUGCUGUAGUGUAGCUGCGUUUCUCGUUCACACACUGCUGUCUAUGACAAAGGAACAGUAUCCAGAGACCACUGUAUAAUACCAAUUCGUGUUCUGAAAAUUGUGUACUCUGUCUGAAAACAGCUGUGUGAACUGACGCUUAGGGACAAACACUGUCUGGGGAACCUUGUCAAGUUCUGCACUAAAUUACUCACUACAUAAAUGAUAAAUAGCAACAGCAGAAUACAGAACCCACUCUUCUUGAAAUGGAAGUCAGUCAAUGAGAUUCCAAUAUGAUACCACCCUUACCUAUCCAAAAUUAAAUCACGGAUAAAAAAUGAUUUAGCGCAACAUAAUUUUAGUUUUCUUAUGCAAUAGUCCCAAAUUUCACAAUGCUCCCUUUCACGAAUGUUCGAGUCAGACCAAGCUAAGUUAGAAGCGAUUUUGAUAGCGCUGUGCAAGUGUUAUUUUAAACGUCAAACUUCUAUGAGAUUAUGACGCACAGGCUGGGCUAUCAAAAUCGCUGCUAAGAUAGCUUAGUCUGACUGUAAGUAUAGUAGUAUAGUUUGACGACCCGUCUGGCCUAUGAAGCCGAUGGUCCCGGGUUCAAAUCCCGGUAAGGGCAAUUAUUUCUAUGAUGAACACAGACACUUAUUUGUUCCUGAGUCAUGGGUGUUUUCUAUGUAUAAGUACAUAUAUAUUUGUCUAAAUACACAUAGUACCCUUGCUUAGUUUGGGGCUAGGUCGAUCUGUGUAAGAUUGUCCCCAAACAUUUGUUUAUUUAUUUAUUUAAAUUUGGGUAAAAUUACGUGUAUCUAAGUACUAAGUAGAUGCAUUUUUGCAAAGGUUCCUCAAAGACAGUAUAUAUUUUUAAAGAUAUUGCAUGAAGUGAAGGUAUAAAUAGUUAAACGAAACAGAAUUUUUACCAUCAUCCAAUUAAGCAUUGCGUAUUGUAGAUUACACUAGCCAACCGCGUUAGAUUAAGCAGGAAUAGAUAUUUUAUAAUCACACCGUUUUGUAAUAACCUUUUACCAAUAGCAUAGUAGCAGCAUUCGUUGUUUGACGGAUCUUAAGAUAUACACAUAUACAAACAAUCACUUCUUUACAAACUACAUCCUCGAUUGAAGGAUUUAACCUCAAAGGAUAUCGCAAUAAACUACAAAAUAGAUGAUAUAUACGUCGUCGAAUUAUCGGUAUUUUUGAGACAUGUACAUAAAACUUAGACAGGAUUUCAUAGGUUAGCACAAACGCUUCAAAAGCAAAUUCGCCUGUGAAAUUAGUUCUCGAGAAAUCUUACCCCUUACCCCGCACAUGCAAGGUAAAUCUGCCGCCACAAUAUGUAUAGCAUCAGAGGCAAUCUUGUAAAUCAACUUUUAAAACUUUAAAUUAAGAAGUAAGGUAAACAUCCCAAUGUUUGGCACCAAAUUAAAAACCCAGUUUCUCACUCAUGAAAUUGAAAGUGACAACAAAAUGGGGCCGUGUCUAUGGGACAUUUACCUUAAUUGAGUAUGUAGAUAAUUAAGAAACAAGUAUUAUUUAUAUUUACGUUACUCUACUUAUCUUACUGUAUGAUGCCUUGGAAUUACUUUUACAAUUCGUUACCACAUUUGGGUGUGCAAUAUUUAUUACUAUUUUAAGCACAGAUUUUAAGUACCGUUCAACCGAUAGUUUCAAGUAAAGCCAUUUAAGUGAACCUAGACCUAUUGUUAUUAUCUAUAAAAAAUAACUUUACACCAAUAAUUAUACAAUCGCUUUUAAAAGUAUUUAUUAAAAGCCAUUAUUACUUUUAUUGUAUUUAAGACUGAAUUGUAAAUUCUCACAAGACGAUUCCUAUCGCAUAAUAUUCAAAGGCAUUUUAUAGAUUUACUGACAGAAAGUUCUUAUUAAUACUUAUUAGUCGUAAAGUGAAAAACUAAUUUUAUGGCAUUAUUAUGAAUAUCGUCUAAUUUUGAAUCAUGUUAAAAAACGUGAUACUUGAACAAAAUAUGUUUAGCUAUAUAAUGGUCGGGAAAUGCCUUUCUUGAAUUAAUAUAGAUGUUAACGAUGUUAAAUUUAUGCAUAUACCUACCACUGCCUUGACGUUAUCUAUCAUAGUAAAUUUAAAAGGAUUUUUUAUAAUAUGUUUCACCAUUGAUAAUUAUGUAAAAACGUAACAUAGGUAAUGCCCUAGUUGUUUACAAGUUUUUAUAAUUAUUAGGAAUAUUUACUACGUUUGUCAUUCAAUUCUAUUGUCGUAAGUUAAAAAUUAUACAUGUUUUGAAAUAUAUAAAGCCGCUGUUAUAUGCUCAAAACCACAUUUCAUGAGUUGUGAACUUCUGUCCUGUAUAAAAAAUAUUGUUUACUCGUACCUUUCUUCCUAGGAUCUCAUUGAAAAAUUAUUAAACCAUUAUUUACGGUAAACAAUCGAAUUUAAUUGUAGUCGUCUAACACUUGGCACAACGUUUUAUGAUAUAUUUUACUUAGGUUAUGGGUCCUUUGACGUGCAUCUAGCGUCCAUGCCGCCAAGUUGACAAUGUUCAUCUAAUUUUGACAAUUCUGCUUGAAUUUCUGGGUCAACUAUGUAAUGUACGCAUGGACCAAGAGGCCAAUUCAAACUUACAUUUUGACAUCAAAACGAUGUGAUGUUCUUGUUAUUGGCGCAUGCGCGAAAUGCACGCACGAAUGAUAUCCAAAUAACAUAAUUUUGUGGUCAAAAUAUAAGUUCGAAUUGGCCCCAAGAUUGUCAAAUUAUAGAACUGAAGGUCUUACGCGAACACCGAAGUUUGCAAAUUUGCCAGCAAUUUGCACUCUUUCUUCUUCACUCCAAUUAAUUAGAGUGAUGAAGAAAGAUGGCCGCAAUUUGGGAACUUCGGUGUUCGCGGUAUGAUUGUGACUAUGACUACCUUAAGCACUGACUGCUUGUAGCAAAGGAUUCUUAUCGUAUUUACAAAUUAACAUAAUUAGGUAAUAUAACUUUCUUCGCACAGUGAGCACAAUCUAUUACUCCUUGAUUAAUGUAUAUCUGUUGGAAUGUGUAAAUCUUUAUUCAUACUUGUGACUGUGACUUGCUUGCUAAGUCGAAUGUAUCAUGUGGAUACUUUAAAUUGCAUUUAUUGUUAGGAAUUGAUCGAUAUAGUGCUGUGUAAAAGUAGAUUUUAUAGUAUUGCUGCUAAUGCACAAGCAUUGCACUUCCCACGUAAAGUCAGGUUUGCCUUAGAAUCACUGGAAUGAGAGGACAUCUUAGAUACUUCCGUCAAUAGGCGCACUUUCCCUACAUUUUUGGUAGGUAAAAUUAUGCCACGGUUAAAGGCGCCUAUAGUUCGUUUUUAUUACGUAGCAUUAGAAAAAUGAUGACGUGUCUUUUUAUUGAAAAUUAUUGAAUAACGCUUCUUAAAAAAUAGUUUAUAUUACUAAGAAAAUCGUAUAUGAUUUAUAAUUGUUACAUAUAUAUGCUGUGACUUAUUUUUCAAGAGGUUUUUUUUAAGACAAGACAAUAUCGCUUAUGUAAGGUACUUUCUAAUGCUAAAAAAAAACGAACUAUGUAGGUAUAGCUAACGUUCACUCUUUUUUGUAUGUAUCUGAACAAGGCACACUUACCCUAUCUGACCGAUGUGAUUAAGUUGUAUGCGAUAUACUAGAGCUCAUAAAAUUUACUUUUGCUCAUAUUAACGUGGAUUGCUGGAUCGUAUGAUCGAUGGAUUUAAAAAUAAGGUACGAAAUCCAAAUUUACACUGCCCAGAGUCAUAAUUUUAUAUCUAUUUUUAUAAUCGAAUAAGUUUUCGAAAGUAAUAUUCCAUUUUAAAUAAUUCCAAUACGAAUACUCCACGUCGAGUCUAAAAAAAAUACUCUAGUGAAGUGAAAAAUUCAUUGAAUUAAGGUAGUUGAUAAAUUUGAUUUGAUUAAAAAUUAGGAUUGUCAAAGUCAAAACUAGACGUUUUUUAGUCCCUGUAAUUCUGUUAUUUGACUGUUGCAAGAUGAAUUGCUGCAUGUACCCGUAAUAUUGAAUGUUAUAAAAAAACUAGACAAUUUUAUAGCAAAUUUUUCAUAGAGGGAUGUAAUACAAUUUGUAGUUAUCUUGAUUGUUGUUCAUUGUUUGAAUUCGAGUCACAUUUGUUUAUUGCGAUUUGUAUAAUACGUAGUAGGUACUCAUUAUUUGUAGUAUAAUAAACACACCAAAGUUAUGAUUAAUAAACAUGAAUAGACUCUCACA